AAUUCACUUCAUAUUCUUCUUCUUCUUUUUCAUUCUCUUGUUCCUUCUUUUUAACAAUGGCAAAGAUGUCAUCUUCAGAUCCUUUAGUUCUUGGAAGAGUGGUUGGAGAUGUCAUCCACUCUUUCAAUCCAAGUGUUCAAAUGUCUGUCACUUACAACACCAAACAAGUCUUCAAUGGCCAUGAGUUCUUCCCUUCUGCUCUUACCACUAGGCCUAAGGUUGCCAUUGAUGGUGGUGACAUGAGGACUUUUUACACACUGAUCAUGACAGAUCCUGAUGUUCCUGGCCCAAGUGAUCCUUAUCUGAGAGAACAUUUGCACUGGAUGGUUACAGACAUUCCUGGCACAACAGAUGCCACAUUUGGUAGGUUUCAUUGAUUCAUAGAUCUAAUUAAAAUACACCGGUAUGUGUUUGUGUUGUUGAAGCAAAAGAGAAGGCAGAGUGUAACCCCACCAAGUUCAAGGGAUCACUUCAACACUAUCAACUUCUCUGCUCACUCUGACCUUUCUCUUCCUGUUGCUGCUGUCUACUUCAAUGCUCAGAGAGAAACCGCCGCUAGAAGACGCUAAUUCAUAUAUAUGUAGCUGCAUGCACACCUAUAUAUAUAUUUAUUAUUAGUAAAUAAAGCAAGAAGCAUGCGAGCAAGGUUAGGUUAUGGCUAUAUAUCAUCAUCAUCAUCAUGAAGAAUGAAAAGGGUAUGGCACGUGGCUUCUUCUCAUAGGUGGUGUUAAUCUUGGAUAUAUAGUUUAGGUGUCACUUAUUAUUAUAUCAUGUAUGUGGCUAAUUAAUGUAUUGUGUUAGUUGUAUGUGUUGUUUGUGAGUUAUGUAAUAUAAUGUUAUGAACUUGAGAAUUAAGAAUAAAUAAAUAUCUUUUUAUUACUA